GAUUUUGGAGGGAAAAAUGAAAUUUGGAAACGGAAUUUAGAUUGAGCGGUUCUUUCUCAGAGCAGCAGCAGAGUAUCUAGUAAAUUCGAAAUCAAAUUAUUGAUUCAAAAUCAAUUUACAAUUUCUUCUAAUUUUUAGUAUGAUGAAUUGAUCGAGUUUGUUCAGUUGAGGUUUCAAUGGACGAUUGCUGUAUUUCAGGCGAUAAUUCUUCUUCUUCUUCCUCGAAAUCUAACAAGAGAAGAAGAAGAAGCACAGAAGAUGAAGGGAGAAGAAGAAGAAGCCGAAGAAGCGUUGUGGUGGAGUUGGAGCAUUUUGAUCUCCCUCUCCUUUCUGCAACCACCGGUUCUCCGGUCGAUUCUAUUCGCCUCUUUCCUCAUCGCCCUUACUCCACCAUUGGUCGCAGCCCUCGGCGUUCCGAUUUUGUCUAUAGUGAUCGCCGCGUUGGUCGCCGCCACUGCCAGAUUCUCUUCGAUCCUCUCCUCCGCAAACUCUAUCUUCUCGACGGUGAAUUCGAUUCCGAUUCUGCUCUUCGGGUUAAGGCUUCUAAGAAUGGAGUGUUUGUUAAUGGUGUCAAGAUUAAGAGAGGCAUGGCCGUGGAGUUGGCCGCUGGGGAUGAAGUUUCGCUUGUCUGUUCAAACAGGCGUCGUUGUUGUUCUUCUGUUCGUAUUGGCUUUUCUAUUCAAACAAUUGUUUUUGAGACCCAGAAAUCACAAUCUCAGUCGCAGUCGCAGUACUCUCAAGGAACAAUUGUAUCAAACCAAAAGGGAAACAAGAGAGUUUUUGCGUCAAAGGUCAGUGACGAGGAUUCUCCUGCAGUUUCCAAAUGUGAAGAUUUCAUUGCCAGAGCAAACUGCUUGUUGAGUCACUGCAGGCGCAUAUUGCUUAGUGACGACCCCGUACCUUAUCUUCGAGCCACUACUGUCCCAACUUGUCAAUCUGAUGGCAGACAUGUGAACCAGACUUUGGAAAGUAGUGAAGGGGCUAGCCCGAUUCCGCCUUGUUCGAGUUUGCUCUUACGCCCUCGCGAGGAGGAAGUGACUUCAGAGCCAUAUAUUUACAUCGCUAAUAGUGAAAGUUUGAGUAGACUAAAUAAUAAUCCACUUGGUUCUGGUACUGCUACCGGAGAUAAUAAUCCGGAGAACUCUUUGUCGAAUAAUGUUGGCAUGGAUUAUUCAUCGUUUCCUGAUGGUGCUGUAAAGAAGAACAUAAGUACUCGGGGCUACAUCGUUGAGCCACCUGGAAAGAGUUUUUAUCUGAAUCGUCUUGGGUUUAUGGAUGAUUGCUCUUCAAGUCAUCCUAAUGAUAUAUCCUUACAAGAGCUUUUUCAUCCUGUUGAAAGCAUUUCACAAAUUUUUAUUGCAACUUUCACCAGUGACAUUUUAUGGUUUUUGUCGUCCUGUGAGAUUCCUAGGCAUCUACCUGUGACACUUGCUUGUCAUAGUACUGAGAAAUGUUGGAAUCCAAGCAUUGACUCUAGGACUUCUGUGCCUUACCCUGAUUUUCCUAACCUCGUUGUAGUGUAUCCCCCAUUUCCCGAGGACAUUGCUUUUGGUAAAGACUUGAAAAGACAAGGAAUCGGUUGUCAUCAUCCCAAAUUAUUUGUUUUACAAAGAGAUGAUUUUCUUCGUGUUAUAAUUACUUCUGCAAAUCUAGUUCCGACACAGUGGAAUGCUGUGACUAACACAGUCUGGUGGCAAGAUUUUCCCCGCAAAAGUGUUCCGGAUUACAUGUCUCUUUUUACUCAAAUUCAUAGCCCAGGAGUAAACGAAGGCUUAAAAUCUGAUUUUUGUUCUCACCUGGCUGGGUUCAUGGCAUCUCUUUUGACUGAUGUACCCAGCCAGUCUCAUUGGAUUGUUGAAUUGACAAAGUAUGACUUUGGAGAGGCAAUGGGUGAUUUAGUUGCUUCAGUACCUGGGAUUCAUUCGUACAGACCGCACAAUAUGUUUCCAUCCAUGCAAUUCUUACAAGAUGUGUCAGCAUCAUCUGGUCUUAAAUCUCUUGGUUCAGUUGAAGCAUCUGUUGUCGGUCUGAGCUAUCUCUUUCACAAUGCAGCAGACUCCAAUGGUGCACAGCUUAAGAAACUGGCUUCUUUCAUGAGGAAAUCAUGUGAAAAUACAGAUAAUUUUUCAAAGGUUGUAUUGAUGAGAAACAAAAAUGUUCGUGCAGAUGAAAAUGCUGUGAGCAUUCUUGUUCCUAGCCCAAAUGAGGACUUUAGUCAAGAUUGUGUUCAACUUGGUUUUCUUCCUAGGAAGGUUGCAAAGUGGAUCUCUCCACUAUGGGAUAUUGGACUUUUCAGAUUCUGUGCUUAUGUUUGUCAUAAGCAAGCCCUUACUGCUGCUUUAGGAGGAAGUAACAAGAAAGUGACACUGUUUAUACACGUUUCACAGGGACCCAAUUUUCAAGAUAUACAAAAAGUAAUGGAACCCAAACAUGUUGCUGCAUUAUGCUCAAUGGUUGCUGCAAUUCAAAGGUGUACAGGCCUCUGGCGCUUACAAGAGGUUCUAUCUCAAUGCAAAUGGCCUGAACAACUUGAAUCUGAUUUCAUUUAUGGCGCAUCCUCAAUUGGGUCUAUCGAUGCAAGAUUUUUGGCCGCAUUUGCGGCAUCUACAGGAAAGACGUCAUUGCAAUUUGAUUCAGAAGAGUCUGAUCCAGAGUGGGGCUGCUGGAGUGCUAGUCAAGAAUUGAAAAAUCCAUCCAUUAGAGUCAUCUACCCAACGAUUAACAGAGUAAAAAAUGCAAGUAAUGGGGUUUUGCCUUCGAAGCGGAUACUUUGCUUCUCCGAGAAAACAUGGGAAAGAUUGAGGCCGAUUAACAUACUUCAUGAUGCAAUUCCUCAUCCCUACAAUAGAGUAGGCCACCCGAUGCAUACCAAGGUGGCACGGAGGCGCUUUAGGUCCGUGACAGAUGCAUCUUCUUUUGGUUGGAUUUAUUGUGGCUCACAUAAUUUUAGUGCAGCUGCUUGGGGACGAACAAUUUCUAAUUCAUAUGGUAUAAAAGUAGAUGAAGAAGGAAAAUCUAAAUCUUCUUUGGGUCCGAGACUUCACGUGUGCAACUAUGAACUUGGGAUUGUUUUCAUUUUCCCCCCAACAGAUGGAAAGCAUACUGCCAGUAAAAUUAGCAGGAACUUGGAUGAUAUUGUUCUACCAUUUGUUGUGCCUGCUCCAAAAUACGGGCCUAGGGAUAGGCCAGCAACACCAAAGGCAAUGAGGGAGGCAUUAACAACAAUUAGUAAUCAAGAGGAUGUUGAAGUUGAAGAGGUUCCUGAUGAAGAUGAAUCAGCUCAGGAAACUGAUUUUGUUGCAGAAGAGAAGGAAGAAGAGAAUGCUUAUGCGCAGAUACUCUGGGGCCAAAUUGACUCAUCUUAGAAUUGAUUAUGAAGAAUUCUUAUUGGUUCUCUACGCUAGAAAUAAGGGAGUUCUUUUUUAUUCUCCAUAUACUGGUGGCAUUUCUUUUCUUGUGAGGGAGCUCUUCAUUAUCCAUACCCUGAUGGCCUCUCAUGGUUUGUAGGGUGCCAAGAAAAUUGUAUGAUAAUGGUUAUAUUUGAUAGGUAUGGAGCCAAGGGCACAAGGAUAUUUCUUACUUCAAAAGACACCUCUUUCUUGUGCCCUCAAAAUAUAGUGGGCACAAGGAUAUUCAUGUUGGUUGCUGUGCAUGCUAAAAUCCAUCUUCCCUUAAUCUGAAGAAGAUUUUAGAUUUAGGAUGAAGAGCUUUGGUGAAGAAAAAUUGCUUGGGAUUUAUGGUUUGACCACUGUCUUUUUUGCAGAACAGAUGUUGGUGCAUUAUCAUUCUUUGGGAAUAAAUUUUGGUUAGCUGUCCACCAUACCCCACCUGAAUAUUAAUAGAAAUUGUUUGUAUUGCGGGCCAAAUAUCCAUGUAGCGGGAUGCUUCCUUCAAGGCUGACAAUCAUGUCUUGUGAGACUGUUACUAGAGUUUUUUUUUUGGGUCAAAUAAUGCGUGAAUUUUCUUGCUCUCACUUCCAAAAUUUGAAUUGGGUUGCUGAAGAGUUGAAAAAGGAUCAUUCACCGGAAUGAGGCAAUUUAUAGUAUUAUGAGGUCACAAGUCACUUUCAUUUCCUCGGGUUUUAGCUGUUGGAGCACAUUUGUAAGAGCUUGCAUGUGAAGAACUCUCAUGACCAAUCAUUGUUGGUCAAUCAAAGCCAAAAUAAAGCUAUUCUGGUACAGAGCUCUGAAGUAUACUUAGUAUUCCAUUAUCAUCUUCAGGUAUGAAUAAAGGUUAAAAACAUCUGGGUCAGUUCAGCCAUGGUGAAUCUAAGUCCUGUUGUUUGUGCUGGGAUGUUUAUAAAUUGCCAUGGAUAUGUAGGAAGGAGCUUUUGUUUCCCAUUGGUAGAUCCAUUUGCUUUAGGCAAUGGCAUCAGUCAUCACUUUGGUUGUAUUUGCAGUUAAUGGGAUUCAAUACGACUCGAGUAGCUCUAGCCAUUGUUUGAGCUUACCACCUACCAAGCCCAAAAGUCAAAAUUGUUGGCUAAUAACUUGUUCACCAUUGCUGGUUUUAUACUUCCAGAGGAUUACAGCACACAAUUAUUCAUUUAUUUACUCUUUUAUAAGGGGUGAAUAAGAAUGCAUUGCGGCCGCCUUUCACUGGCGUUGAUGCAUCUUUCAAAGGAGGGAUUGACUAAUAAUCUCUAAUUUUUUAGUUAAUAUAUUCUCUUUAUUUUUGUUAUUAUUAAUGAAUAUAUAUAAUUAUGAUUGUUUUAUUAUUUAUUGAGUAAUAAUCUCUGACCCUUAAAAUAUUGUACCUGAUUUAGUUAAUAAUUAUGAUUGUUUUAUUA